AGCUCAACUGAUUUAUCACCAUCAGUUAUCGGUUACUACGACAGACUCUCGGGCAGCUUUAAAAACGAAAAACUUUUUGGAGAAUUACGAGUGAGAAAGUCACCGGAAAAACAAACAGAGGACAAAAGAAAGUCACGUGAGCAAUCGCCUAAGCCGAAGUUGAUUGUUUCUAAAAUCCCAACGAAGCCCACGCGACUUGCAAAUAACACGACGAUUCUCUCACCAAAAUUAAAUUCAAAUCAGAAUAAUUUCCAUUACAAUUCAUUAGCAGCAAAAACGUUACAAAUUAUUUCGCCGAAUGUACAUCGCAUGAUAUCAUCCCAUCAAACAACAACAGAGACAAUUACGGCAAAUCCCACAGUGAAGUCAUUUAUUCACAGUCUAAAUCAAAAUAAAAACAACGUAAUAGCGAAUAAGAAGUCUAGUGAUAAGGUUUCAAAUCUUCAAGGUAGAAGAAUUUUCCUCAAAAGUAAUUCACUGAAAUCAUCAGGAUUUGCAGUUCCUUUGACCAAGAAUUUAUCGAAAAUUUCGCAGUCAAAUGGGCUUGUAGACUCAUCAGAACCAAUAGUUCAUACUAUCACUGACAACAACUGCAAAAGUGAAGACACUUAUAAGAUUAAUGAGUUGAUUGACAGUGAAAAAACUCCAACUAAAUGCGACCAUAACUUCAAUUAUGAUAAUUCAUUAAACCAUGAAUGCAUCUUUGAUGAAGACGAAGACGACGAUAUUCAAAACGUUUUAAACAGAACGUCAGAAUUAAUAAAUAAUUUAUUAAGUGGAAAUAAUAAUAGCAAUUUAAACUCAUUAGACAUUCAAGAAAACGCUAAAAAUAGUCUCAUCGAAGGGGAAAAGAGAGAUAAUAAAGUGUCAUGUGAGAAUAAUAACGACGAAGCUAAGAUGAAAGGUACAAGUCGUCAUAAAUAUAAAGUGCAUCUCGAAUCGGAAAGUGAUGAAGAUGUUGUAUGCAAUGUCAUCAACACGUCGAGUUUAAAAUUUACAAAGUCACUUGAUAAUGUCGCUGAGCCCACAUCGUCUCCUAAAUUAUCAUAUUCUCGAGCAAAACUUUUAUCAAAUCAUCAAAUAAAUUCGCCAACACAUUCGCCAAAACUUUCAGAAAAGUGCCUUGAUACUGCUACAUUUGCCAGUGAUAGCAAGCUUAACACCUCGCCUUCCUCAAAACAUCGACCUUUAUCAGCCGCUUCCAUCAGUAGCUCGUCGUCAUCAACGAGCACCGCAUCGUCGUCGAAUUCUUUCGGAAAUGAGAAUUUAGUUAAUGGAAAAUUAAUUGGCGGUAAUCUUGCUAGCAUCGAAAGUUUAGCAGAUCACAGUGACAAUGAAGUGAAUCCUAGUCUAACAAUGUGUGAACGUGCUGUAUUAGAGAUAAUUGAUUCAGAAAAAUGUUAUGUGGAAGAUCUUGGACAAAUAAUUAAAGGAUAUUUACAAGAUUGGAAAGAAAAAGGAUGUCUCAAGGUCGAUGAACUCAAUGUUUUGUUCAGCAACAUUCAAGAAAUCUAUGAAUUUAAUUCUAGUCUUUUGGAAAAAUUUAUUGAAUCCAAUCAUGAUCCACAAAAAAUUUCUAAAUGUUUUAUUGACUCGUAUGAGUUGUUUAAUGUGUACACAACAUAUUGG